AACUUACCGGCAAAAAGAAGCGAAACCUGACAAAAACAAGGAAAGUGGGAAGCAGGUUAGAGGAAAUUUUUAAAAAAUUUAUAUUUAAGUUUAAAGAUACUAAGUUAAAGAAACUUGUCUGUUUCUUUUUUAUCAAAAUGGAUUCCAAGAAGCUUUUCUCAUAUGAAACAUUUGUCAGAGCCGUUUCUGGAGCAGCCGGAGGUGUUACUGCUAUGACAGUGUUUUUUCCAUUGGAUACUAUACGUUCAAGAUUGCAAAGUAUGUUAAUUUCAUGUAUAUCGCAAAUUGAAGAUUCAAGGCAAGCUAAAAACACAAUUGCAGCUCUCAAGGAAUUAGUGCAAGAGGAAGGACUGUAUAGUUUGUAUCGUGGUCUACAGCCUGUUUUAAUCAGCCUCUGCUGCUCAAAUUUUGUCUAUUUUUACACAUUUCAUGGGCUUCGGAAACUGGUCGUAACUAAAAGCACAGGGUACAAUGCUCUGAGAGAUUUAGCUGUUGGUUCAGUAGCUGGAGUUAUAAAUGUGUUGCUGACUACUCCAUUAUGGGUGGCUAAUUCAAGACUUAAAAUGCAAGGAGCAAAGCUAUCUUCAAAAGAUAAGAAGAUGAUUGGGGAAAAUGUAACAUAUAAAGGACUUAUUGAUGCUUUGAAUAAAAUUGCUACUAAAGAAGGAGUGUCUUCAUUAUGGAGUAGUGUUGGACCUUCCUUAAUCUUAGUUUCUAAUCCUGCUAUCCAGUUUGCCUGCUAUGAAACACUUAAAACUGAAGUUUCUAAGCAUAUUGGCAAAGAUAAGCUUAAUGCUGUCACAUUAUUUCUGAUUGGAGCUGUUGCCAAAAGUAUAUCUACAAUUUUGACUUACCCUCUUCAGGUUGUUCAAACUAAAUUGAGACAUGGGUCAGAAACAAUGAGAAAGCUGACAACAUUACGGAUUCUCAGCUAUAUAAUAAAAACAAAUGGUGUUCGUGGACUAUAUAAAGGACUGGAAGCCAAACUGCUUCAAACUGUUCUAACUACAGCUUUGAUGUUUUUAUGCUAUGAGAAAAUAGUCAUUUUUAUUUUCUACAUAAUGAAAGCACCCAAGCAUCGUUCAGAGUAAUGGCUGUGUCAGAGUUAUUCGAACAAAAAAAAAGCAUUAUUGCUCUUAUAUAGACAUAUUUAUACACUUUUUUAUAGCAUGAUGUUUGAUACAUUGUAGAAAUCUUCCUGUAUGUAUCAAAGUAGUGACUUUUUCCAUUAGUGAUUUUGCAAUACCUACUUGUUGAAAAAUGUAAUUUCUAUUUAUUAUGUUAUUCAUUAUUUCCUUAUUAUUUAUUUUAAUUAAGUUUUACAGUAAAUAUGAAAAAUGUACAUACCCUUUCAUCAUUUGCUUUAUAUGAGUUUAGUCUCUUUAAUGCAAUUAUAUUUGAAUUGUUGCCUGCAAACAGAUCAUUAUAAAUCAUUUGUAAUGCUAAUAAUCCCAUGGGACCCCAAAGCCAGGAUACAGGAACUCUUAGAUCAGUGAUACCCAAAGCGACAAUCAUAAUCUUAUAAUUCGCCGCAAAGGUUAUAGUAGGUCGCAUUAAUGUUUUAGUUGACAUUUACAAUUUCUAGCUCAGUGGAAGAAACAAGGUAAAUUGGUAGGAUUUAAAAACAGUAUCAUAGGCUCAGUUUUGUAAUUGUUAUAAGCGUGUUCAACUAUAAUUCUGUUAUGAACUGAAUAUAGUUAUUUAGUUAUAAACUUGUCUAUUUUUGAAUUACACCUUUUUAUUGUUUUAAGUUCAUACCUAUGUUCCAGAUUUUUAUUCUCAUUACUCUAAAACCAACUUGAUCAAUUUUUUAUAAAUAAGUCCUGUUGGUUAUUUUUUUUGUAUUUCUGAUUGAAAACAGAUUCUUUGGUGAGCCUUUAUCUCAGCAUUUAAUUUUUACUUGUUUAGGUUGUAAAUUUUUUUUU